CAACGUUACACAACCAAUGUAAAAUGCUGCAAUGACGCCAACAAAACCAGCCCAUGUGGUAGUACAGGGGGUCAAGGGUGUCCGCCUCAAGCAGUUUGAGCGCGUCGUCGCGGACAUUCUCCCCUGUAUCCAACCUUCAUACGUGCUGCUGCCGGCCAAACCUGCCAACGGUGAUCUCGACGUAAAAUCGUGGCCGUUCCACACUCUUCCGGCAGCGGCUCGUGUCUGGGGAACACUGGAAGGGCAGCUGGCCCAGAAAGAACGCGCCACGCGCAAGGAAGCCCAGAUUCGUUCCAUGAUUCGCUGUGUUUUGGCCCUGUUACCGACAACAAAGACCACACAACGGGACAAAAAAGAGGAGAACUCGGCAUCUUACACAAUUGUGGACUUUGGUGGCGGAUCGGGGCAUCUGGCAAUUCCCCUGGCUCUCUUGCUUCCCUCUUGUCGAAUCGUUGUUGUCGAUUUGGGCCAGCAUUCUCUGGAGUUGAUGCAUCAAAAGGCCGAACUGUGCCAAAUCGAAGGCAACGACUCAACUAGAUUGCCGCUAUCAGAUGAUUCUAUUGAUGGUAUGAGACGGUGUCGAGCAAUUCCAAAUUUAUUUUCAUUUCACGGGCCCGUCGAAAGCUUUAAUCAACCAUUUGACAUGGCGUUAGCCUUGCACCUUUGUGGAGAAGCCACCGAUGUGGCACUUCGAAAAUGCGUUCAGGCGCAGGCUAUUGUGUUUGCGCCAUGCUGUGUCGGUAAACUCAAUCGAGAACGCAAAAACCCGUACGUUUGGCAAGCGACUGGAGCCAAUGACCCCUCCAUCAAGUAUCCCCAAAGUAACCAGUUUUGCCAAUUUUUGAAUGAAGAAUCAGAUUGGAACGAAUUGGCCAAAGCGGCCGACUACAGUAACAUUGCUGAAUGUCGCUCCAGCCGAAACGCUGCUCGCCGUACUGCCAAAGCAUUGUUGGAGACCGAUCGCCGACUGUUUAUGGAAGAAACUUUUGGCUUCCGUACGGCCUUAACCCGCAUGGAACCCUGGGAGGCAACUCCCAAAAACGAUAUUAUACUAGGUUGGAGGGACAGCUGUAGCUUUAAACAAACAGCACGCGACAGCGAAUGUGAAGCGGAUAUCCAGCUCACGAUUGAUCAUUUACUGAUCCCAUUGAGCGAAGGAAAUUCCUCUUCGAAGCCCCACAGGCUAAUGAAUUGCGUAGAUUGGACGUCGGACGAGGAAGAAGCGAUUCGUGAACAGAUCCAGGUUUAUGUGGACAGUAAGGAACACACUUUUGUUUUCCCUGUUCGAUUGCCACGCCGGAUAAGAAAACUGGUGCACUAUGUUGCUGAUCAAAUGGGCUUGGAGCACUGGAGCGAAGGCAAAGGACGUGCCGACAAAACGGUCUCUGUAGGCAGGAAGGGCUGCCGAAAGCAGCUUCCUUCCACACCAUCGACCCAUCCGACACGGUUGGAGACCACCUAG